GAAAAAGAAAAGAAGGAAGUGAAAGAAAAAGUAGAAGUAGAAAAGAAGGAAGAAAAAGGAGAAGCUGCCGAAGAGAAGGCGCCAGAGAAGGAACUCAAACCGAGUGAUAAGGAAAAAGAUGAAGAGGGUAAAGAAGAGAAAAAUGAUAAAGACAAAGAAAAAGACAAAGAAGAGAAGGAUGAAGAGCAAAAUGAAGAAAAGAAGGAUGGAGAGAAGAAAGGUGAAAAGAAGGAUGGAGAGAAGAAAGAUGAAAAGAAGGAAGAUGAACCCAAAAAGGACGAGAAAGAAGACGUUGCUGUUGAUAAAGAUGCCAAGUUGGAGGUUUCACCUACGGAACUUAAGUGGGAAUUUGAAGAAGGCCAGCACGUUAUCACAGUUACUAACAACACAAAAGCUCGUUUUGCAAUCAAACUCAAAUGUACUGAUAACGAGCUUUACAGUGUCGCACCCGUCAUGGAUUUCGUAGAUGCUGGGAAAGUUCUUAACGUUGCUAUUGUGCGUUCUAAAGGGCCAUUCAAAAAGGACAAGAUAGUGCUUUGUUCUAAGCAGGUCUCACAAGAUGAGAAGAAUGUUGAGAAGGCUUUUGAAGGAGGUGCACAAAAUAUCGAUGUGAUCCAGAUGGAUCAACGUAUCAGAGCUUAG